AUUAUUUUUAUCCUUCUUAAAGGAAAAGUAGCUCCUUGUUUUUAAUUGCAAUGUGCCCGCCCUGUUGUAAAUGACAGCCCGGAGCAAUUUCUAGAGAUUGUUGCUGAACAACAACGACCAAGCAGCUGCAAGCCGAUGGGGAAGGAUUCUGGGAUAUGUAGUUCAACAAGAUCUGGGAAACCUCUUGGCUCUUUGGGCCCUCUUCAAUUUUUUUUUUAAAAAUGUGUAAUACAAUGCUGUACAUUUUGGAGAAAGAUGAAAAAUGUCUAUUAUUCACAUAUGUGAAGGUAAAAGUAUGGCAGUUUCCAGUUCAGAAGAACAGAAGAAACAAAACUGUUUCAUCUUGGGUGCUUCUGGAGAAACUGGGAAAGAAUUGCUACUUGAAAUCUUAAAGCAGCAAAAAUUCUCGCGAGUGACCCUCAUUGGCCGCCGAAAGCUAAAUUUUGAAGGGACUCUUUACAGUAAUGUGGCCCAAGAAGUUGUUGACUUUGAGAAGCUAGAUGAAUCUGCUGCUGCCUUCCAAGGACAUGACGUAGGAUUUUGCUGCUUGGGGACAAGCAGAGCCAAAGCUGGAGCGGAUGGAUUUGUGCGUGUUGACCGUGAUUAUGUUGAACAUGCAGCAAAGCUAGCCAAAGCUGGUGGCUGCCACCACUUUAUCCUAGAGUCCAGCAAAGGUGCGGAUAGCUCUAGCAGAUUCCUUUAUCUGAAGACCAAGGGUGAAGUAGAAAACAGGAUUAAAGCACUUGAAUUUGACCGAUUCUCCAUAUUUAGACCAGCGGUGCUGCUAUGUGAUCGCCAGGAGUCUCGGCCUGGAGAAUGGGUGGCCAGGAAAGUCCUAGGAGUGGUAGCCCAUUUCUUUCCCACAUAUAUGACUAUUCCUACCACGACAGUGGCCCGAGCAAUGGCCAAUAUUGCAGUGAUGCCGGCAAAAGAUGGGCAGAAAGUGGAGGUGCUGGAAAAUGCAGCCAUCCAUGCCCUUGGUCAGUCAAAGUAAUCAACGGAGAAGCAGGGAUGUGUUUUGGAUAGCUUUAUAAUGAAGGGGUUUCACUGAUUACCCCAAGCCCAGCCUUACUCAUAUAUUUUUAUACUUUGGAGGAUCUCUGAAUAAUCAAUAGCUGUGAAUUGCAUUUGACAUGAUUGUUGCAUCAGAAGCAUGUGAUGCAAAAAUAACUUUUAAAAAAAGCCUUAAUGUCAUUGGUGCUGUUUCAGAAGCUUUAAACAUAUCCUGCCUCUUAAUAAAAUUAAUUAAUUAAUUAGCAAUGGAAUUGUGUAUGGCUUGUUGAUUCAACACUAACAUGCUAAAAAUUCAACUUAAAAAUGCAUUGUGGAAUGAAAGAAGAUUGAAACUUUAUUAUGGUCAAAAUCCAGGAAUAUCAAGCAGAAUGCAAAAACAUUUACCCAGUAGCUACCCAUAUAUUUUAUAGGAAAUGUUAGGAUGAACUUAGGUUAAUCCCAUUUCAGGCCUUAUAUGCUGCUGCAGAGACUGGCUUAUUUGUUGCCCAGGUGCCUGUCUAAUACACCAAUCCCUCAUUUAGUGACUAAGUUCCAUUAAGCAAAAUGGUCAUUAAGUAAACACAUGACUUACUUGAGAGAAGAAAGAAAGAGACGCUACAAAGUCCAGUACUUGCUGCCAUCUAAAAUUCUCAUAUUGUUAUACCAAUGUUACUCUCCCUCUGAUAGGGUUUGUUGUCAGGUGCACAAAAAUUGUAAAUGGGUUGCCUUGUGACGAAAUGGGUGGCAAAUAAAUUUA